AAAAUGUGUAAAAAUUUAAUACAACCACAAAAAGUGCAUAACCUAUGAUAUAUAAAAAUCUGUGAAGUUGUAUGAAAAUGUCUUCAACAAUAUAUAAAACAUAUCACAUGCCUGAAUACAUUACAUCAUUUUAUGAAGGAUGGCGGGACCUUAUGGAUAACAAAUCAGAUCCGCGAACGAGAAAUUGGCCCUUAAUGAGUUCGCCCUUCCCCACCAUAGCAAUUAGUUUAACAUACGCUUAUUUUGUAAAAGUACUUGGUCCCAAAUUGAUGGAAAACAGAAAACCCUUUCAGUUAAGAAAAGUUUUGAUUGUCUAUAAUUUUGCACAAGUCAUAUUUAGUGCCUGGCUAUUUUAUGAAUCCUGCAUAGGAGGCUGGCUAAAUGGUUACAAUAUUCGAUGCGAACCAGUCGACUACUCCCCUUCUCCAGCAGCGUUAAGGGUAUUCAUACAAGUCAAAAGGUCACUUACUGUUAGGCAAUUGGAUUUUAAAGAAAAUUCAUUUUGUAACGUUAAACUUAAAUGUUUGUAG